GACGUUCACCAGUCAGUGGCACUUUGGCCAGCAGUCGAACCAAACGUAUUCAUCGGGGGGUUCACGAUCCUUGGCUAAGGCAAAUGCCCCGGGAAAUUCUGGUUCAGGAAAAUUUGCGCGCGAGUGCUCGAGCUGUGUGACUUUCGGAAUAGUUGGGAAAUUUGAAUUUUGUUAAGAAAAAUUAUUAUUUAUUCUAAUUGAAAAUUAUUUGGUGUACAAAUAUGACUAGUUGAGUAAGGGUGAAUAAAGUGAUGUAACGCAUUAAUAACAGGAAAUCGAUGGUCUCAAGCCCAGAUGACGUGCACGUGCCUUGUAAUUUAUGCACCUGUGAAUAAUUACCCGAAAAAGAAAAGUGAUCAUAAGUGUAUCGAACCACUGCCGGCGCCACCACCUACAUCGCCGUCUGGAUCAAAUCGACUGUGAAGAGGCAAAUUUCCUUGAAGUUCCGUUCCUUUCUCUGGGGCUUGUUCAAACAACACCCCCGUUGGACGUCGUCGCCCCGUCAGUUUUUAAUCAAAUUGGAAGCACACUGUAGCAGCAGAAGAAGGCAGCGAGCGCAACAUUUUCCGACCGGUUUUUCCUCAAAAAGGGACCUGCAAAAGCUUAGUAGUUGCUUGAAUCAAAAGUAUAGUUACACCCGCUAACCGGCCCCUCAAAAAAAAUGGGAAGCAUUUUCAUACUGCUGUUUGGCUUCUACCUGCUGUACCUGGAGAAGGUCAACGCAUCCUGGGGCUCACCGGACAGCAACCAGUACCACAUUCAAACUGACGAGGGUCCCGAGCGGUACUUUCGGUACCAAACUGACAACGGGCAGUUCCGGAAGGAGAAACGACUCCAGGAUGGCACAGUGAUUGGGACCGAUGCGUGGAUUGAUGCCUCCGGGUAUCUCCGGCAGAAGGACUACAUCGCCGACGAUAAGGGCUAUCGGAUACUGAAGUCCAAGACGGUGUUCGUUGGAACGGAUUUGCCGAUUCAGGACGCCAUCAAGUCCGUCAAGAAUCGGCCCGCCGACUCGGGUGUUCUAGUAUCACACCAGGGUCCAGCGUACGUUCCGCCACCGCGACCUGUAGCCGUGGUGCCUACCACUCCGGCACCGAUCGCUCCGGUGACCCCUUCGGACAUCAAGUCCGUCUUCAUUCGGCCCCACUCACAGCCGGUCAACACCAACUACCUGCCGGCAAAUAUAGAUCAAUAUUUACCGCCCAGCAGGCACUACCCUUCGAGCACUCCACGACCUAUCUACGUUUCCCAGAGCACGACUUCCGGAUAUUCUCCGCUAGCCGGAAACGACCUGUCCUCGACACCGAUCGCCUUGUACGCACCCAGUUCGACGCCUUCUCCGUUGGCAGAUCGUUCCGAGGCACAUUUGCCACCGUUGGUGAUUUAUAAUAGUGACGAUUCGACGAAACGACCGAACGAAUACCACCACCAGUUGGACAAUGAUCUACUACCUCCCAAGCAGCAGCAGAUCUUCCAGGUGAUUCCACCGAGGAGACGUUUCCAACAGGAACGUAGACGACCCACAUAUGUGGAUCCCAUAACGAUCACUUCCGCGGCUCCGUUCAUUGAACAAGCAACUCCUGCUCCGAAACCCCUGAUUCUGCCCUUCUACGACAACAACUUGGAUCAACAGCCUAGCUUUAACCGCGACCUGCUGGAACCUCCCCCGAACUACGGCCAGUACCCGGCAGUCCGCCGAAAUGAUCAACCCUACGACGGAGUGUCGGUGACCAACAACGGAUUCCGGUACUACCUGCCACGGCAGUACCACGAGGAGGCAAACUCCGGCAAUGCGACCCGCGAGGGCAGCUUCGGCUACAUCGAUCCGUUCGGCAUUCGGCGGGUCGUGUACUACAACACCGGACCGGGCAAGGGUUUCGUCCACCGCAAGAACAACCGCUUCGUGGGCUUCAACUCGACCCCGUACGAUCCACGACCACUUUGAGUCGGUCCCCUCCCACGCGCCACAACAGUCGCCGUUGCCAAGUUCUUACGCUUCCACCUUAAUUAUUUAUUAUAGCUCCGAGACCUAGUACAAGUAGGUAGCCCCUACAAUUGCUAGUAGAUUAACGAUUUCACAGAACGCCAAGUGGUCCGAAGGAUGUACGGGGGCGACCGCAGUGACCACGCGGGCGUUCUUCAAGAGUGACAGUUACGGAUCACGUUUAAGAAGUGGAGCAGAGAUUCGAAUUAAAACAACUAAUGAGUCGUCGGGUCGUUGUCGCCGCCGUUAUGGCGGGAUGACCUCCGGAGGUGCACGACACGAUCGUGAGGGGGGACGCGUUUUUCUAAUCUCUCUGUGGGAUCGCAAUUGGGGCAGUUCUCUUAGAAAACACACACACAUGUCUUCAUUUUUUAACCACCGAAAUCAUAGAGAACUGUCAAAUGCGUGUGCAUUACUUAGUUGGCAAGGGGAUUUAGUCACAUGUUUACGAUUAGUGGGUUUGCUACCGAACACCGAAGUCAAGGCUACCAAGACCUCAUGGAGGACUGACAUCAUCAUAAAGUAUUCAUUGCCAGUCCAGAAUGCUCUCAAUACCUUGACCGUCUGAUUUCGAGACAGAUAUUCGAAUUUCAAAUCCAGGCUCAAUUUGCCUGCCAGGGUAGUAUCGAUGAUUCAUACUGACGCAAGAUACUCUUGGAGUCAAUUCCGGUGAUCAAUGAAUUUCUUGGGCUCUUUGUGAGGUUUGUAGGAAACGCUGUAAUUACACAACUCAAUAUAGCAGUUAUUAUAAAAAAAAGCAAAUCCGGAGCGGCCCACCACCACGAGAGGUCAACUAGUCAACCAAUCCAUAAAAAAUAAUUGUAGGGCACUUGGUUCACGCAUGAUUUGGAAGUUCUUUGGACGCAUGGAAGGUUUUUGAUUUUUAUGUCUGCCGGAUGCAGCUGAUCAUAAUAUAAUUAUAUUUAUUACAGUUCACUUAAUUUGUUGUUUGGUCUGCUUCCACACUUUUGCUUAAUAAUAUUUUUAUUUGGUUUCACGAUUCAAUUCACUUUUUUCAACUCAUCAUACUCGCCAACUAAGAAUCGCAGUUAAUUUGCACAUUGCUUACUUUUAAGCUCGCACUGCAUGUCUGAUUUGAUAUGCUAACACGCUGACGCUUGAUUGUAACAGAUAACAUGUAUACGCUUUGCUU